GCGGCUGACCGCCAGCCUAGGGGUGCUGGGGUGACGCGACACGAGGUCUCUGCAACCCCAGAGCCCCCGACCUCGGCCCCACGCUCUCGCCGAUUCCCGGCCCUCUCGGUUCCGCGCUGUCCCCUUAAAAGCUGGGGCCAAGCACAGGAACCACAGGCGUUGCAGCCAAUGAUGUCGCUCACGGUGAACCUGAUGCCCAAUUAAAAGGCGCGGCUGCUAGGGGAUGGGUGGGAACCUCGCCUGACUCCAGGUGACUCCUGGCAGGGCGGGGAACGUGUCGACGUCAGCUGUAGAGUCCCGUGCAACGGGCGAGUUACCGGGAGCGCGCGGGCAGUGGCCAGCCGCGGAAUACUUGUGUGCUGCAGCCGAGAAGGAGGGUGAUGGAGGGGCGUCAAGAGGCUGGGAAGGAGAACAAGCCCUCCUCCAGACCAGUGGACGCGCAGGGAGACAGCUCCUUACAGGUGGAGAUCUCUGAUGCCGUGAGUGAGCGGGACAAGGUGAAGUUCACUGUUCAAACCAAGAGCUGCCUCCCUCACUUUGCCCAAACGGAGUUCUGCGUCGUCCGUCAGCACGAGGAGUUCAUCUGGCUACAUGACGCCUACGUGGAAAACGAGGAGUACGCCGGCCUCAUCAUCCCCCCGGCCCCUCCAAGGCCAGACUUUGAGGCUUCGAGGGAAAAGCUGCAGAAGCUGGGUGAGGGGGACAGCUCCAUCACGCGGGAAGAGUUUGCCAAAAUGAAGCAAGAGCUGGAGGCGGAGUACCUGGCAAUCUUUAAGAAGACGGUUGCAAUGCAUGAGGUCUUUCUGCAGCGACUGGCGGCCCACCCCACCCUGCGUCGAGACCACAACUUCUUUGUCUUUUUGGAAUAUGGCCAGGAUCUCAGUGUCCGGGGAAAGAACAGGAAAGAGCUCCUUGGGGGAUUUCUGAGGAAUAUCGUGAAGUCUGCAGACGAAGCCCUCAUCACCAGCAUGUCAGGGCUCAAGGAGGUGGAUGACUUCUUUGAGCAUGAGAGGACCUUCCUGCUGGAGUACCACACCCGGAUCCGGGACGCCUGCCUGCGGGCAGACCGUGUCAUGCACUCCCACAAGUGCCUGGCAGAUGAUUAUAUCCCUAUCUCUGCUGCACUGAGCAGUCUGGGAACACAGGAAGUCAACCAGCUAAAGACGAGCUUCCUCAAAUUGGCAGAGCUCUUUGAACGACUAAGGAAGCUGGAAGGCCGAGUGGCCUCUGAUGAGGACCUCAAGCUGUCAGACAUGCUGCGCUACUACCUGCGCGACUCACAGGCAGCCAAGGACCUGCUGUACCGGCGGCUGCGGGCACUGGCCGACUACGAGAACGCCAACAAGGCACUGGACAAGGCGCGCACCAGGAACCGGGAGGUGCGGACCGCGGAGAGCCACCAGCAACUGUGCUGCCAACGCUUCGAACGCCUCUCUGACUCAGCCAAGCAGGAGCUCUUGGAUUUCAAGUCCCGCCGUGUGUCCUCCUUCCGCAAGAACCUCAUCGAGUUGGCAGAGCUGGAGCUCAAACACGCCAAGGCCAGCACCCUCCUUCUCCGGAACACCCUUGUUGCACUCAAGGGAGAGCCUUAGAGAAGCCAGAGCCUGCUCCAGGGCCUUUUAGUGGCAAGAAUCCCCCACAGUUCCCACCCCAACAAGAUGCCAUCUUCACAGAGGCCACUGGCCAAGCCCCAUGACACCUCCCAGGGCAAGCCCAAGGCCCACUCCCACCCAAAAGUAUCAGGUCCUGCAUGAAGAAGCUAGGGCAGCAUGGGCACCAUACUUGGCCACAGGUAAGCAGAACCCCAACUUUGGGGAAACCAGGGACUUGGACCUCCCUCCUCUCCUGGUGACUGACAGGCAGCUCCAAGCACCAUGUCUUCUGCCCCCCCCCCCCCAACCCCAGCUCAUUUGUCCCCAGCCUGUUCAAAUAAAGAACCUGGUUCUUGCUAUAAGGAGCCCUGUUUGUCUUCAGUUCCCUGACUCCAGGGCCCAUCUUUCCUGGGGACACCAUGGAGACCAGACCCUUCGUAGCAGUGUCCUCAAGGGGAACCACCCCUUCCUGCUUCCCUCUAGGAUACCGACAACCUCCAAGGAACUAAGGGACCAGCUUAACACCAGCCUCUCUUCAGUUCCGGCGAACUGGGGUGGGGAACUAUGAUCCUGCAUCUACACCUUUAGGGCUCCGCUGCUAAGGGAGGCGGGACCCAAGACUCUUGGGUCUGAAGUCCUGGACUCCACCUGGCUCGGCCCCACCCUGGACUUCAGUCCCGUGUGCAGAAGGCCAAAGGCUUAAUUGGCUUCUGACUCAGAGCAGCCACUGCGCCCAGCCCUCCUGUAGCUGAGUCAGCCAUCCAUGAAAGGUGGCAGAGAAAAACCAAAGAAAACCUUGAAGACUGACUGAACAGCUCCAGGGGCCGUGCGGAACUUGUGAUCUCACAGCCUCCCUUAGGCAGGACUGAGCGGGGAGUCAGGGAACGGGCCGGGCUGAGCCGAGCAGCGCGCACACUCUCGCUCCGGCCGCGUCCUUACAGCCGGUUCGCAACCCACUGUGCCAUCACCCAGGCAUGUCAGAGGGAGGCUCGGUCAGUCGCUGGGGCACAGAGAAGGGGGUGGGUGGAGGUUGGGGAUAGAAAAGAGAUGUCGUUCAUUAUCUCAGCAUGCACCACCCCCCCAGCAAGGUUCCUGGGGCCCCAACCCUGAAACAAACAUCCCAUUAGUGAGCCUUUU